AUGGAUGCUACUCUUCCUGACAUAACGGUCGCGCCCGCUGCCGAUCAACACAUUCUUCACGAUGGAAAAGAAUAUACCACAGUUAAGGAAGGCCUCGCACAUAUCCUGAUACCCGCAGAAGGAUCAAAAGUGCCGCAGACAACUCCCAAAGGCCAAAACCAGGUACAAUCUGUCUUUUAUAACCCAAUUCAACAAUUCAAUCGAGAUUUGAGCGUCCUGGCGAUCAAGGCAUACGGAGAAAGCAUCUUGGAAAAGAAGAGGAAGAUAAUCGAACGAGAUAGACAAAAGAAUGCUGCCAAGAAGGAGAAAAAAAGAAAGAGGGUUGCUGAAGAAGGAAAUGAUGGACCGAGGAAGGCAGGCAAAUAUGAGAGUGCAGGAGAAGCUGUAGAGCUGCCAUUAGCCGUCGGAAAACCAGAGAAUACCAUUAAGGACAAGGAAAUGGAGAGCAAAGAAGGAGAUGUAAUGGAUCAAAAUGGAGGGACGAAUACGACAGCCUCAGUGGCCAAUGGAGGAUCGAAUAAUCAUGUAACAACGGAAACGGUUGAAGUACCAGAAAACAAAGACGGACACGAACCCACAAAACCUGCGAAUCCAAUCAAUCCUAGAUUCAAAAUUCUCGAUGCAUUAUCUGCGACUGGACUCAGAGCUCUUCGAUAUGCUCAAGAGAUUCCCUUUGCAACAUCCAUUACCGCGAAUGACCUUUUGCCCGCAGCUACCAAAACAAUCGAACUCAAUGUAAAGCACAAUAAGCUAGAAAACAAGAUUAAUGCUGUCACUGGAAAUGCAUUGACACAUAUGUAUAGUCUUAUAGGUGAUGACUCCAAAGAUGGGAGUGGCAGCAGAAAAUAUGAUGUUAUUGAUCUGGAUCCUUAUGGCACAGCAGCUCCAUUUUUGGAUGCGGCAGUACAAGCCGUCAGAGAUGAUGGGGGACUUUUGUGUGUUACUUGUACUGAUGCCGGUGUAUGGGCUUCAAAUGGAUAUCCCGAAAAGGCAUACUCGCUUUACGGAGGAGUCACUGUCAAAGGUCAGCACAGCCAUGAAGGUGGUUUGAGACUUAUUUUGCAUUCAAUCGCUACAUCCGCCGCUCGAUAUGGCCUGGCGAUGGAGCCCCUUCUCUCCCUCUCUAUUGAUUUCUACGCACGAGUAUUUGUUAGAAUAUACAAAUCUCCCUCAGAUGUCAAAUUUUUAGCAGGCAAAACCAUGAUGGUUUAUAAUUGUGAUACUGGUUGUGGAGCAUGGACAACUCAGAUGGUCGGAAAGAACAAGCUUGUGCCCAACAAAAAUGGCAAUGGUCAUUUCUGGAAACAUGUCUACUCCAUGGGACCAUCUGCGGGUGAGAACUGCUCCCAUUGCGGUAUGAGAACUCACCUCGCUGGACCUAUGUACGGUGGUCCGCUCCAUCAACCUGAGUUUGUUCAGAGAAUCCUCGAUGACCUUCCCAACGUAUCCAAGGAUACAUAUCAUACAACAGCUAGAAUCGAAGGAAUGCUCACAUUGGCCCUCGAAGAGAAUUUGCUUCCCACCAAGGAGCUUCCAGACUCCCCGACCGACUCAUCAAAGACUGGCAAGAAUGAUCCCGCAGCACUUGACCAUUAUCCAUUCUUCUUCAUACCAUCAAUGCUUGCCAAAGUAAUUCAUUGCGUCACUCCUCACGAGAAUGCACUCCGAGGAGCUCUACGCCACCUCGGCUAUAGAGUUACUAGAAGCCACACAAAGGGUGGCAGUAUCAAAACAGAUGCUCCUUGGGAUGUUAUUUGGGAGAUUAUGAGAGAGUGGGCGCGACAAAAAUGUCCGCCAAAGGAAGGUGCUAUCAAGAAGAAUACAGCCGGGUGUAUUUGA